GCGUACUUUAACGGUACGGAACACCGUAUAUCGUGUUGGGAUCAUGCAUUUAUGGUUGCUUUACUACUUCCGGUGACUGGCGACUUCGACGAGCUUUAUGGUUUACCGUCAAAUACGGUAUAAAAAUUCUAGGGUUUUCUUCUAAUCGGAAAACUUCCUCGAGAAUUGUUGUGAAUUUGGGUUCUUCGUCUCUACUUAGAAGCUGGAUUCGUUAUUUGGUUGGCUCUCCAACAACAAAUUUCAGACCCGAGCUUGAGUUUAGUGGACUGUUUUGUACUACUUUGUGAGACUAGGUUUGAUUGAUUUGGUAAUUUCUUUGUGGUUGAAUCAACCAGAUCUGGUCGCUGCAAAUUUCAAAUGUGAAGAAAAGUUUGGUCGUUGGUCAAUUUUUCUUCGUUUCCCAAGUUGUUUUUGUUUCAGGAUCUGGUAGAGUUAUAUAGCCUGCUAAGUUGAAUAUGAAGAGGAAGCCGAAGAAGUCUGCCUGGCUUAAGACUAUUGCGAAGAAGGAAAUUAUUGAGAUUGAGUCUGAUACAGACACUGAUGAUGAAGUUGCUGCUACAAAGUUGGCUCCUUUUGGUGAAGAGAAUGCGAAGUCUUCGGUGAAGAUGGAAAUAAAGACUGAGUCAAACAUAGAUGAAGUUUGUGGUAAAAUGAUGGAUCUUUGUGUUGAAAGGAACGCGUCAAAGGAUGAUGCUUUAGCUAAGAAGAACCCGAAGAAAUCUGCUGUGGCUAAGACCAUUUUGAAUAAGGAAAUCAUUGAGAUUGAGUCUGAUACAGACACAGAUGAAGUUGGUCCUAGAAAGUUGCCUCUUUGUAAUGAAGAGAAUGCAUCAGGGGAUGAUGUUUUAGCUAAGAACCCGAAGAAGUGCUCUGUGGCUAAGACGAUUGUGAAGAAAGAAAUAAAGAUUGAGUCAAACAUAGAUGAACUUGGUGGUAGAUUGCUGGUGAAUGCAUCAGGUGAUGAUGUUUUAGCUAAGAAACCGAAGAAGUCUGUGGUGGCUAAGACCAUUGUGUGGCAGGAAAUAAUUGAGAUUGAGUCAGCCACAGACACAGACACAGAUGAAGUUGGUGGUAAAACGUUGUCUCUUUGUGGUAAAGUGGAUGCAUCCGGGGAUGAUCUUUUAGCUAGAGAUGGCAAAACCAAAAGAACCAACCUGCAGAUUGUUUGUGUUGAUGAUUGCGAUUCCGGUUUGGUUCAUGAUUUGGAAUAUAAAAAGUACUUGGCACAUUUUAGUGAAACGCGGAAUGUAUAUUUGCUUGAGGACAAUGUAAGGGGUAGUUCUCCAGUGCGUAUAAUGUAUCAUGAAGCACCUGACAGGAGUUUAAGAAAAGCAGUAGAAACCGAGAAGAGUAAAGCAGGGAGAAAGCCAAAGUCUCCUACCAUUUCCAGUGUAUCUAAGAGGUUGAAGACUGAGGAUGGUAGAGCAGAUCAUAAGUCGAUUUCGAGGACUGUCUUAAGGACCAAAGAAACCCAGCAAAAGAAAGGAGAUGAUGUUCGACGUGGAAGGAGCUCUAUCGAAGUAAAGCCUAGAAGUUAUGUCAGAGACACCAAAGAACGGAACGGAGAUGCUCGACGUGGAAGGAAGAUUUCUGUGGCCAAGAACACUAUCGAAUCAAAGCCUACAAGAUAUGUCAGAGACUCUCAAGAAAAGAAUACGAGAAAUGAUGAGUCUCAGACAAUUUUCAGAGCUUCAAAGAGACUGAAGACUGAGAUUGGGAGAGCAGAUCAUAACUCGAUUUCAAAGACUAACCCAGUGGUUAAAACCAAAGAUAUUCAACGAAAGAACCGAGAGGCUUUGCGGGGAAGGAAGAUCCAUGUGACCAAGCACAAUAAUGAAUCGAAAUCUAGAGGUCAUGUCAUAGACAACUUAUUUCACAGUUUCAAACCUUCCAAGAAGGAGAAUGAAAUGAGCUUAUCGUCAGUGGAAAAAAGCUAUUCAUAUUACACAGCUUUUCUAAGAAACUCCAUAAGAAAUUCCGUUACCAUCUUCAAUUCGGGACAACAAGUGAAACCUAUGAAAGAUGCAGUGUGUUUGUCUGAUCCUGAUAUUAUUGCAGUCAGUAAUCACCCCUUUCCGGAUGGAGGCAAAUCCCCAUUUGAGGCAACAAAAGACGGCAAAGUGAUAGAUCUGGAAGAUGGUAUUAAACCUGAUGAUAUAUUCAACUCUUCGUUUAGCAAGAAGCUAAUGGAAAUUCUCAGAAAUCCCUACGAUGAAAAGGAAUUCUUGAGACUCUAUAAUGAAGCAUCAGUCAAGAGACCGUUGACUAAGUCCAGGCAAUUACGAGAUGGAAGAGAGAUUGAAUAUUAUUGUGACGACCAGUUUGCCCUUUCAUAUCUCGAAAAGUAUACAGAUUUCAACAAGACGUAUCAUCGUUACCGGAAGGAUCUUCCUAGAGCUUUGAACCUGUUGCGCGGAUUUUUCUUUUAUUUAGAGAACAUAGUUCUUGAAGGUGCAUUCAAACCCUGGCUGCAUGAAAAACGUUUGACAAAAUUUGUGUGUUGAUACUAGAGGGUGCAUAGAUAUUGUAGGCAACAAGUAACGCGGCACUGCACUGCACUGCUCUUAAAGUACAUCUCAAGGCUUCUUUUAGGUUUCACUGUAUUGUGGUAGUAGUUUAUGAAUUCAUGUUAAGACAAUCAGCAGAACUUUUUUUUCCUUGCUCACAAUUACAAGCAUUUCCAUUUCGUUUUUAUUACCACUGCUAUAAGUAUUUGCCCCC